AUGGCGGCGGAGCGGCAAGGCGCCGGUGGCGGCCGUGGCGGGGCGGGAGGCGGCGGCGGCGGAGGAGGAGGAGGAGGAGGCGGCGGCGGCGGCGGAGCGGAGGAGAAUAAGGAGAACGAGAGACCGGCGGGGCCGCAGGCCGGCAGCCUCGGCGACAGCCUGGGCCUGGAGAUCCUUCAGAUUGUGAAGGAGUCUCAGCAGCAGCACGGUUUGCGACAUGGAGACUUCCAGAGGUACAGGGGUUAUUGCUCCCGUAGGCUAAGGCGGCUCCGAAAAACUCUCAACUUCAAGAUGGGAAACAGGCACAAGUUCACUGGGAAGAAAGUAACUGAAGAGAUUCUCUCAGACAACAGGUAUUUGCUGUUGAUUCUGAUGGAUGCGGAGAGAGCCUGGAGUUACGCCAUGCAGCUGAAACAGGAAGCAAACACAGAACCUCGCAAACGAUUUCACUUGCUUUCUCGCCUGCGCAAAGCCGUGAAACAUGCUGAGGAGCUGGAGCGACUCUGUGAAAGUAACCGAGUGGAUGCCAAAACAAAACUGGAAGCUCAGGCAUACAUGGCUUACCUCACAGGAAUGCUUCGUUUUGAACACCAGGAGUGGAAGGCAGCAAUGGAGGCUUUCAACAAAUGCAAGACCAUAUAUGAAAAGCUGGCCAAUGCUUUCACAGAAGAACAAGCUGUGCUGUAUAACCAGCGUGUGGAAGAGAUCUCGCCCAACAUUCGCUACUGUGCCUAUAACAUUGGUGACCAGUCUGCUAUGAAUGAGUUGAUGCAGAUGAGACUGCGGUCUGGUGGCACUGAAGGUCUUCUUGCAGAAAAACUGGAGGCGCUGAUUACCCAAACUCGAGCAAAGCAGGCAGCCACGAUGAGCGAGGUGGAGUGGAGAGGAAGAACAGUUCCCGUGAAGAUAGACAAAGUGAGGAUCUUCUUGCUGGGGCUGGCCGACAACGAAGCAGCGAUUGCUCAGGCAGAAAACGAGGAGACAAAGGAACGCUUGUUUGAAUCUUUACUCAGUGAGUGUAGAGAUGCCAUUCAGGCUGUUCGUGAAGAUCUGAAACCAGACCAGAAGCAGCGGGAACACUCUCUGGAAAAUGAUUCUGGGAAGGUGUCCAACAUCCAGUACUUACACAGUUAUUUGACUUACAUCAAGCUGUCAACAGCCAUCAAGCGCAAUGAGAGCAUGGCAAAGUCUCUGCAGAAGGCGCUGCUGCAGCAGCAGCGAUCAGAGGAGGAUGGGAAGCGCACACCACGGCCUCAGGACCUGAUCCGUCUUUACGAUAUCAUUUUGCAGAACCUCGUGGAACUGACCCAGCUUCCUGGCCUAGAAGAGGACAAGAACUUCCAAAAAGAGAUUGGAUUGAAGACACUUGUGUACAAAGCUUACAGGUGUUUCUUCAUUGCACAGUCCUAUGUCCUGGUCAAGAAAUGGAGUGAAGCUCUUGUUUUAUAUGAAAGAGUGCUGAAAUACGCUCGUGAAGUUCAGUCAGGAGCUGGAGCUUAUAUGAACAGCUUGAAGGAGCUGCCUGAUGUUCAGGAUCUAAUCACUCAAGUCAAUGCAGAGAAAUAUUCCUUGCAAGCAGCAGCUAUAUUAGAUGCAAAUGAUACUCAUGAGACCGAGUCUCCAUCUCAGGUCAAGGAUGGCAAGCCACUCUCCGAACGGUUUGAGACUUUCUGUCUGGAUCCUUCUCUUGUCAGCAAGCAAGUCAGCCUUGUGCACUUCCCACCGGGCUUCCAGCCCAUUCCAUGCAAACCCUUGUUCUUUGACCUGGCCCUUAAUCAUGUUGCUUUCCCACCUCUGGAGGACAAGGUGGAGCAGAAGGCCAAGAGUGGCCUCACAGGAUAUAUAAAGGGCAUCUUUGGAUUCAAAAGUUAACCAGGACCCCCUGAGGAACAGAGGUUUUAUUCUGUAUUGAAGGAAAAGCUCCAAGAGGUUCUAGGACACAAAUAUCUGCACCUGAAUCUGACAGAGGGAAGUUUUACCAUCUUCUUCCCUGUGUUCUGUGUAUAUGUCUGUGCACUUACAUUCUUUCCCAGUGUAUUAAAGAAAAACAAUCUAUUCAGAAACAUACGUACACUAUAAAUAGCUGAAAAUAAUCUGGAGCACAGAGAAAUUCCAUUCUGCUUGGAGAAGUUGGAGCUUGCUUUGUGACCAGUGGCCUGUUCAGGGCCAGUACACAUCUACUUACCAUGGACCAGGGCAUUAGGUAUAAUUUGAUUCCUCCCUCCACCCCAUUAUUUGACACUAUAAUUUGGUAUUUUGGUCUAGAAAUCUGGGUGCGAUGGCAAACAGAGGCAAAAAAUCCAGCAACAUUAGGCUGCCUACACAAAGGCUGUGAAACAGUAGCCAAGGGGGCUAACUUCUCCUUCCCUUUCGAUUCCCAGAAGUUUCUGUAUUUUUUAAAAAAUGUAAUAUUCAGAAAUGACAAAAUAGAGUGGCUUUCGUUAUCGAUGAGGAUGGCAAAUACCUUACCAAAUGUUAAUGGUUACCCGGUUGUGGUGGAGUAUAACCUGAAUUUGUACUCUGGGCCAAUAGGAUUCUUCUUUAUUGAUACAUGUUUUGUUAAAUACCUGAAUACAGUAUAGAACCUAUUCCUACAAGGCUUUUCCUGGGAAACUAGCUUCAUGGGUGGCUUUAGAAAUAGCUACUUGCUCUUCACGGGAAGUUGGGGGUCUCAAUGUUCAUUUUGUCUCUGAUCUAAACCCUGCCUGAAAACAAAAUGAUCUUUUUCUGGAGUUCAUCUGUUACUUUUUCCUCAUCCUCGGUCAGUAGAUAUACUUGAAAUGAGGAAUAAGCAACAGGAGACCACUGGAUUCUUGAGUGAUAGGUGUUCUCUGUUAUGCCAGACAGCUUUUUUUAUAAAGCGCCCAGGUGCUAUGGUGAUAGGCACUUUCAAAAUGCGGGUAACUUCAUAAUUGCGAUGGUUUAAACAGGGAAAAACCCCCACAGCACACGGGCAGAACUGUUCCUAAAUAAAGUAUUCGGAAGUUUCCACCAGCAAUGUUUGGGUUUUCACUCGGUCUGUAGCUGGAAGCUGAAAUGGCGGUUUGUUCUAGCUGCCUUAACUGGUCUGCACUGGUUGUCUUGCUUUUUGCGUUGUUUCUCCAUUUUUAGGCAUUGGAGUUCACAGAGGUGGAAACAGAAGAACUGUUUUAAAUGAUCGGAUUGUUGUCAUGGGAAUUUUCCAUGCAAUGUGCAUGUCAGAUGAAUGGGGGGAAUUAACACUUCCCAUUAUUUUAAUAUGAAUGUUUGCUUCUUUGUUCCAAGUUGAUCUGAUUUUGUGAGUUCUCAAAGUACAAAGCAGCCUUCAGAAGGACUCUGUGCUCAGAAGGAGGUAAGAGAAGGAGAAGGAACUUCUUGUUUGGGUUUAAUUUUUGCAACAUGGAAGCAAAAUGGGAAUUUCUGGUAUUCUAACUAGUUCCAUUUGCCUCUGGAUGCCAGGGGGAUUUUACAAGAGAAAGGGAGAGCGUAGAGCUGAAAGAAACGUGGAAGACUAUUUAUUCGUUAGAUGACAAUUUCUAGAAAACAUGGUAUUGAAUCUGAUUUCUCUUCCCUGUAAAGCCUGUUUCCUUUUAGACAAGGAAAGGUCAUGCAAUAACCAGUGCGGACAUCAGCUGGUUGAUCUGCUCGUGGUACCUCUUUCUGUGUACGUUAAUCUGAGUUUCUCUCUCUUUUUCAGCUUUUAUAUCAAAUCACUUUGAGAACUGUUCUGUUUGGUUUGCAAACAAAACUCCUUUCUGCUUUCCUACCACAAAUCUAUGUGGUGCCUGAACUGAUUCCAGCAAAACUUGUACUGCGGCCGCUUUCUAGUCGGUUACUGUUACAGAAAGCAAAGAGCAAUUGGCCUCUUUAUGUUAAACAUCUUUUGACAGAUAACUGAUUAGUUGAACGCAGAUAAGAAAUCUGAAAACAAUAAAGUUUUAUUCCUGAC